AUCUUCUCCCCCACUCAGCACACAUUUCUCUUCUCUCUCUUUCUCUUUGAGAAAAUCAAUCAAAAUCCAUCACAACACCAAAGAAGAACAGAAGCCCAUUGCAGGUAGAAGGAUGAGCUCAAGACUUCUUUGCACUGCCAUUUUGCAUCUUUCCUGCUGCCUGUAUCUACUUUCAGGCACAAGCAUUGCAGAGAAGCAUCCCCUAGAAGCAAUCAGAGAAAGCAUGAGAACAGAUUUUCAAGAGAGACAACAUACCUUUUCACAUGCAAUGUAUGGUACCCAACUAGAUGAUGUUCCCAUCAUCAAUCCAACAAUCCCAAAUAUAACUCCCAUUCCAUCAGGUCCUCCAACAAACCCAAUCACCCCUCCCAGUCAGGGAUCUCCAACGAUUCCGAUUCCCACGACACCCGCUAUUCCUGAUCCAGGCUCUCCAAUAACUCCGAUUCCCCCAACACCCACCAUUCCUGGUUCUCCAACAAUAAACCCGACGCCGAACCCGAACCCGACACCAACAAAUCCAUCCGGAGCAUCACAAUGGUGUGUUGCCAAGCAAGGUGCUGCUGAUCUUGCUUUACAGGUAGCUUUGGACUACGCUUGUGGACUCGGGGGUGCAGAUUGCUCAGCUAUUCAGCCAGGACAAAGUUGUUUUGACCCUAACACAGUUAAAGACCAUGCGUCUUAUGCAUUCAACGACUACUACCAAAAGAACCCAGCUCCUACCAGCUGUGAUUUUGGAGGAACAGCACAGCUUGUUAGGACAGAUUCAAGUACUGGGAACUGCCACUAUACAUCGGGAGGUGCUUCACCCACGACCCCUGCACAGCCAUCUCCAACCUUUGAGCCACCUGCAACACUCAUGCCGCCUCCACCCCUUGACACACCUCCAAGCCCCAUAAUGCUAAGCCCGCCUACGCCAGUCGGCAGCACCCAAAACCCACCGGGCGAACCAACAGUUCCAGAACCAACAGAUUAUGGAGCACCAACGGAUUCCCCUAACUCGGCGCACCUCUUCUCAAGAAACCUAAUACUAGUCAUGUUUUCUUUUCUCUCAUUCAUCGCAACUCAUAUCUAAAUAUAAAGUUGGAAUAAAUGAAGAGAGGAUUUGCUCAUUGAAGAUGCAAGAAGACACCGAUUUAUUUAGUGCCUCCACACAUUACAAACUCUCUAGAGGCAGAGGGAGCAAUUGUGAUGCUCCAAAGCUUAUGGCCUCAACCAAGAGGCAAUUGUUGUAUCUUUCACCUUUGUACGGGCUUUAGCUCCUGUAGGAAGCCAGUAGACAGUGAAGAACAAUAUCUCGAUGUAGUCAUCAUUUUAUAGUUAUGAUUUCACACGAUAAAUAUUUUAUUAUUCU